CAAAGUUGGUCACAAAUCACAUUGGCUUUCCCCGAAGUUUUUUUUUUCACCUUUCUUUAGCAUGCGACCAUGGGGAAAGUGACCGCUCGUGUCAGUGGGGGAAGUCAGGGUGGUUUAGUGCCCAGGGAACGGCUGUAACUUCUACGUGACCAUGGUACCUGUUGAAAACUCAGAGGGCCCCAGUCUGCUGAAACCGAAGGGGCCAGCAGCCGAGACUGAUGGCAGCGACAGAGACAGCGGCGGCCGGCAUCCUCCCUGGGCGAGAGGUUGCGGUAUGUUUACUCUCCUGUCAUCUGUCACGGCUGCUGUCAGCGGCUUCCUGGUGGGGUAUGAACUUGGGCUCAUCUCUGGGGCUCUUCUGCAGAUAAGAACCUUGUUAGCCCUGACCUGCCACGAGCAGGAAAUGGUUGUGAGCUCCCUCCUCAUCGGGGCCCUACUGGCCUCUCUCAUUGGAGGGGUCCUGAUUGACAGGUGCGGAAGAAGGGCCGCCAUCAUCCUUUCAUCCUGCCUCCUUGGACUUGGGAGCCUGGUCUUGAUCAUCAGUUUAUCCUAUGCGGCUCUCAUAGCGGGACGCAUUGCCAUUGGGGUUUCCAUUUCACUCUCUUCCAUCGCCACGUGUGUCUACAUCGCAGAAAUUGCUCCCCAACACAAGAGAGGCCUUCUUGUGUCGCUGAACGAGCUGAUGAUUGUCAUUGGCAUCCUUUUUGCCUACAUUUCAAACUACGCGUUUGCCAAUGUUUCCCAUGGCUGGAAAUACAUGUUCGGCCUUGUUAUUCCCUUGGGAGUUUUGCAGGCGAUUGCGAUGUACUUUCUUCCUCCAAGUCCUCGGUUUCUGGUGAUGAAGGGACACGAGGAAGCUGCUAGCAAGGUUCUCGGAAAGCUGAGAGCCAUCUCCGAUACAACGGAGGAACUCACUGUGAUCAAAUCGUCCCUGAAAGACGAAUAUCAGUACAGUUUUGGGGAUCUGUUUCGUUCAAAGGACAACAUGAGGACCCGAAUCAUGAUAGGCUUAACACUGGUAUUUUUUGUACAAAUCACUGGUCAGCCAAACAUAUUAUUCUAUGCAUCCACUGUUUUGAAGUCCGUUGGCUUCCAAAGCAACGAGGCAGCCAGCCUCGCCUCCACAGGGGUUGGGGUUGUCAAGGUCCUCAGCACCAUCCCGGCCACCCUGCUUGUAGACCAUGUCGGGAGCAAAACCCUCCUCUGCGUCGGCUCCUCUGUGAUGGCAGCUUCGUUGGUAACCAUGGGCAUCGUGAAUCUCAACAUCCAUAUGAACUUUACCAAUAUCUGCAGAAACCAUAGUCCUAUCAACCAGUCUUUGGAUGAGUCUGUGCUUUAUGGACCAGGUAACCUGUCAGCCAGCAAUGACACUCUUAGAGAAUCCUUUAAAGGGAUGGCUUCCCGCAGCAGAAGCUCACUAAGGCCCACGAGAAAUGACCUGGAUAAGAGAGGAGAAACGACCUUGGCAUCCUUAUCGAACGCUGGACUAAGCCAAACUGAAUACCAGGUCAUCACAGACCCUGCGGACGUCCCAGCUUUUUUGAAAUGGCUGUCCUUGGCCAGCUUGCUUGUUUAUGUUGCUGCAUUUUCAAUUGGUCUAGGACCAAGACAGGUCAUUACAAAGGCUUCACCAGAAUUAUGCAGCUGUCAUUCUACUCAGAUCCAGAUCCCCUGUCUUGCAAACCUCAAGGCGACGUUACCUGAGCUUUGCACCCGUCUCCAAGGAUAUAAUCUGCAAGAAUCUAGUGAAGGUCUUCUGGGGGAAAGAGUGGAGGGGAGGGAUCUGGAAUGUUAUUUUUGAAUUCCCUAUUAAUUAGAACAAUAAUAAUCAUGCUCCUUUGGUUACGGUGCUCGCCCCCGCCCUACGUAGAUUCACUUGGAGAAGAUAAUCAAGAAAAAAAAUGUGUUUCCAGCCCUCUUGUAUAAUUUAAAUAUUUUUCUUACUUUAAAACAGCACAUUUACUCCGAGCAGGUGUUUUCUCUACAGAGCAUGAUCUUCUCGCGAGAGGUGAGUUUUCAAUCAGAGACACAGGUGACUGCUCCAUGAUUCUGGCUGGCCCUGGCAGCCCAGGUGGUUGCUGGCGGGGGGCCGCUCCCUGGCCUCUCGCUUCUUCCCUCACACCGCCUCCUCUUGGGCAAGAGGAUGCAUCUGGUCUGUAUCUGAACACCGGCUUUGCAACACAAUGUGACUUAGCCAGCAGGGAGCAGGGCUGGGACAGCUCCUGAGCCCUUCUUUCCUCAGAAUCAGAGGUGCUGAUACUCCACAUUUAUGUAUUCAUUAACGAAUAUUUAUUGAGCCACCCCCAAGAGAGAACCAAGAUGAAAAAUCAUGAGUUCCAGAGGCUACCCAGGCUCAACGCUACCUCUGCUGCCACCUCUGAGCUCUGGGACCUUGGCAAAUUAUGAACUCCUUUAAGCCUCCAUUUCCUCUUCUAUAAAAGAGGGAGAGUGAUAUAGUUCCUAUCUGGUAGGAAUUCAGCGAGGAUCAAAUGAGAUAAGGUUUGUAAAGGUCUCAGCCCAUUGGAAGAACUGGUAGCUAUUCGGCAAACUGGAUUUGAUAGGCUGUGAGCAGAAGACAAGUUAAUUUGCUCCUCUGCUGUGCUUUCUAAUCCCGUCGGGCAGGUCCUGUAAUGUUUUGUGUCACUCUCAGAUCAUAAAAAGUCCUCUGAUCAGUUUUCGUGCCAAGAAGAGUCUCCUUUCAGAAAGUCAAAUGUUUGGUCUGGCAUAACAUCGAAUCCUGGAGCUCUGUCUAAUUGAGAGCUUCUCUCCACCCAGCUUGCCACAGGCCAGGAAGCCCAAGUGGGGGAGGGGAGAGGAGUCAGCCUCCUUCCUCCGCCCUCCUGGCUCUACCUCCUACCCACUCAGUAGCUAUGAUGUUGGACUUGGCAAAGGUCGGGGGCAGAGGAGGUUACAGGAAAGGGCCCAGAAGAAAGCAGAUAGAGGCGGGCUCUGGCACUGAGGCUCACAGCUGCCCCUUGUCGUGGGUAGGUGGCCUUAGCCACUGCCCUUUCUGUUUGCAUUUCUCAGGCCAGUGUCCCCUACCCAGCCCUUUAUGUCCCUCCCUCUACUUCCAGGGACCAUUGUCAAGCUCUCUCAGUGUUUCUCCUGAAUCCCUUCUCACUUGAUUGGAGGUGAGGAGGAGGCACACUCUCUCCUCCCUCGUCCUGUAAAAGGACAUGGCCCUGCUCUCCAACCACAGAUCACGUGGGACUAGGGCAGAGGUCAGUGGGCUGGCCCUCAGCUUCAAUGGCUUUUUGAUCAUUUUGCUGUCCCCCACCCACUCUUCCUUGUCUUCCAGUGCCCUGGCUGGUGCUGAGUGAGAUUUUUCCUGGUGGAAUUCGAGGACGAGCCAUGGCUCUAACUUCUAGCAUGAACUGGGGCAUCAAC